AUGUCUGCUGGAGCAUAUGGACUAGCAAGGGCUUCAACUGACAGCUUGAAGUCUUCGGCUGCAGUCGUCGUUGCUUUGGUGGCGACUGGGGCUUGGUGUGGGGCGGUUACGGCCUCUACUGGAACAGUGGCAUCUUCAGCAAGCUGGUGUGGUGAAAGUCUCAGCGAUAUAGGGGCAGCGAUGGUAUCAACUGAAGCAUAUGAAUUAGCAGUGGUAUCUACUGGAACAGUGGCAGCGUCGUUAGUUCGAGCUGCUCUCAAUGCCAUAUUAGCUUUUUUUUCUCGAUACAGUUCAAAAAUCGACGUUAAGACCAUUACCGCAGUCAAAGACGUUCCAGUUCCAAGUGAGACCACCGCUUCCCCAUAUGCUGUUGAAACUCCUGCUGGUGACAUCCCAUGCGGCCGGACCUGCGAUGACAAGGAAAACGGAUUCUACUUAUUAAUAAAUUGCCUGCUUCACCGGACGUACCAUCCUAGUGCAGUAUCCUGCUCGACUCCUUUUCGAUAA